AAAACAAAAUAUAUUUUUUUUUUUUUUUUGGAUAAUCGGGGUGUCCAUUUUUCUUUUCUUUUCCUUCCCUUUCUUUCUUACUGUAAGUUAAGUUAAUCACCUUAAAUCCAAAAAGAAAGAAAGAAAGACAGAUGGGAAAUGCAAGUGGAAGAGAAUCAGAAGAAAGAGUUAAUGCAAUUGAUCCAACAGUCCCAAGAUCCAACGGUGAAUUGGGUGUCCUUCUUGCUCCUCCUGACAACCCUUCUCCAUCUCCUUUCUUGUUCACUCCUCAGGUUCCCAUAUCUCCCUUGCAUAGGGUUGACAGCCUUCCCUUUUCCAAUCAAAUGUGGCAAACUGAGCCUCAUGCAUCUGGUAGUCCUCCAGAGCAAGGAAUCCCCACUAGCAUAGCAUGGAUUUAUGGUGGUAAUGAAGUGGCUGUCGAAGGAUCUUGGGACAGGUGGACAUCGAGGAAGAUACUGCAGAGAUCUGGUAAGGAUCACUCAGUUCUUUUAGUCCUCCCUUCUGGCAUAUACCAUUACAAGUUCAUUGUGGAUGGUGAGUGGAGAUAUAUUCCAGAUCUGCCGAUUGAAGCUAAUGAAGCUGGUGUUUGUAAUGUUCUUGAUGUUCAUAACAACGUGCCAGAAAUCUUUGAUAGCAUAUCGGCAUUUGGGGGUCCGCCAUCUCCAGACUCAAGUUAUGGUCAAACAAUGCCUUCAGAGGAAGAUUUUUCUAAGGAGCCUGUAGCAGUUCCACUUCAGCUGCCUAUACAGUUUGAUUUGCAGAAGUCAGAAGAGGCAUCAUCUUGUUCAAAAAAGCCACGACAUGUAGUGCUUAACCAUAUGUUCAUGGACACCUCAUACGCAGCGCAGUCAGUGGUCGCCCUUGGAGUAACCCACAGGUUUGAAUCUAAAUAUGUUACUGUAUUUCUUUAUAAGCCGCUGAAGUUAGCAGUCUGAGUUUUCUAUGAUUGUCUGUGUAAAGAAAAGGAAAAU